AUGAGCCCCUUCGUCAACCGCCUGAACACGCUCGUCACCUUCGCGGUUCUCCUCCUGGCGAUCCUCUGCGCCGGCGCGUCCUUCCUCGACUGCUUCCACUCUCCCGCUGUUCAGGCCAAUGUCGAGGUGACUGGCCGCCGUCCCGCUUGACUCCUCUACCGCCGCCCAAUUUUUGUCGGAGCGUACCGUUCGUUGUGAAUUGCUUGCCCAUGAUCCAGCCCGAAAGCGUUCUGCAAUUUAUUUUUCACGCAGAAUUUGCGCAACCACCGCUUGUGUUUUUCUUUUAUUUGAGUUUGAAGAUCUGGAUGGACGUUUGACUGGCAUGGACAGCUGAAAUUUUGAGCGGUCAAACUUUGUUCCUGAGUAUGUAUGAUCGCAUCUCAACGGUGUUCUCAUCCUUUUAGUGUUGUUUUAUUUUUCCCAUUUUCUAUUUACUGAGAAUAAUUUGGAUUUUUCAAGCACGUAUUCUUGGUUUGUUUCUUGAAAUGGUGAACGUGCUUGUGACUUUCUCCUUCAUUCGCUUUUACCUUUUCUGAGCGAUAUGCAGUUAUGCUCUGUUUUAUUGCUACUUCAACACAUUUCAGAAUCAAGAUAGAUUUUGUAAAAGAUGCAAACAUCCUGACAAUGAGAAAAACAAGGAUAGAACUUGCGCCAGACUUCUGUCGUUUCUACGACAUUUAGACUUUAAAAAAAAUGUUUUUAUGCUUAGAAAAUGGGUUUUGCAAAGUAUUCAAUUGAGAAGUGUUGGCUUGCUCACCAAUCUAGUUAAGAAACGAAUGGUACACAUUCCAACGAGCCUUGGUUUUAUAAACAGUGCAGAGGAUAUUAUGUCACAUCUUCCUUGUAUACUUGUUAUGGUACACGGCUCAUUUCUAGAAGAAAAUGCUGCGUGAUCAGGAAUCCCCAAAGCAAGAAGUGCACUAAAGUCAAAAGCAAAAUUUUGUGGAACUGAGAACUUUAUGAAUUAUUUUAAGACAAAAAAAUUCCUCGUUAAUGGUGCCUCAAAAAGAGAAAUAGUUGUUAGACAACUCCUAGAAGCUUUUUUAGGAACCUCUUCACUGCUCUUUAGGUUUUCGAUCCAACUAUAGGAGGUCUGAUUGAAGUGUUUGUCUUUUUUACCUUUGUGGCAAUUGUUUUCCUACAAUUGAUAAGAAUUUCCGUGUGACAGAAAACUCUCUUUGAUAACAAUUGUUUCCUUUCUUUCUGGGUACUUUUUUCGAUUUCGUGAGUGAUGUGCAAGUCAGACAUAGGAUGCAGUUUAAUAGUUGAAUGACCUACCUCGUCAUUAAAAAUGUAGGAAUCAUGAACCACCUGUGUAUUUGAUUUGUCGAUUCCUUUUUCUCUUCAAUGUGACGUGCUGUUGUGAAGAAUCAUAUUUUGCGGUGCUACAUAUGGUUGGCUAGUUGUAACUCUGUUAACGUCAACAUGCCACGAAACUCAUGUAGGAAGGACAAGAAGGACAUGAGUUACUUUCUCCUGUGGUGCUCUUGCUUGUGGCAUAUCUAGCAUGACACUCCAACAUGACAAUCAUUUAUCACUCCAUUCCUGCUGCGAUGGAGGUGAAAGCCCCUAUUCAAUAUUCUGGACCAUCUGGGAUGACCAAAACAAUCGUUUAUUUGGGCCUUAGUGUUUGUUUGUUAGAUAAUUUGGCUUUUAUUUUCGUUCUUUUGAGGUGAAUGGCUGGUCAAUAAAUCUAUGUAAAGAGAAAGUUGAGGGUAUUCACCAUCUUCGUAAAUCCACUGUAUUGAGGUAGAUUAUUUCCUUACGUAGGGUAUUAUUUCGGACGUGAUUGUGCACAUACUUGUAUAUCCCUUUAUUGGCUUGUGAUAUUUGAUUAAUACAUGGCAUUAUCUACUUUAACAGAAAGGAAGUCCAAUGGACCCUUUCCUACUCUCUUUAAUUGGUUCCUGUUUUGGGUUUCUUGGCUUGGGCUUAUUCUUUCCCUUUCAUUUGACUCUGACAGUUUUUGGCUUGGUCCAUUUAGAUUAUGUUUAACAAAUAUGAAUGGACCAUUUUGCUUUUACUGCAUAAUAUGCAAUUGGAAACUGACUUUCACAUAAAAAUUCGUGGCUAGUGAUCUUCCAUUAAUCUUCAUCGUGCUAAUACUCUCUUGGGUUUCUCAGGUGCUAAAAGUCAAUCGAUUUCGGAGGCAGUUGACCGGAAAUGAUGAGGUUAAAUUUCAUUUUCGUGUUUUUCACUCAAUUUGGACUCUGUUUAUCUAAAACGCCACUAGAGCCUUGCGUGCCUGCAGUGUUUAUCAGUUUUCUCGUUUAGAAUCAUUACCAUUUUGCGAACUGUUGAAGGGCGAAAACGUUUUUUUUUAAGGUAUAACGUGAUAUGACGGAGUCUUCCAUUUUCAGUGUUGAAUGAUCGAACGGUAAACUGUUAACAAUUGGGUUAUAUUUAUCCAGAAUAGAAAUACUUUCUAAAGCGGUAGAAUUAUGAAGAGUCAAAGUUGGAAAUGGUUGAAUAGAAAAUAAUAUAGACCAAUGCCUUAGACAUGAACGUGCAACUCAUUGUCGUGCCCUCUCUCACAUUUGGAUCCUUUUUUGUCCCAGUUCAAUUCUUCAGUUUAAAAUGUAUGACAGGGAACCCAUGCUGGUCCUGCCCUUUUCAUGGGUGAAAUUCCUCUCACUCUGAUGAAGGAAAUGGGUAAGGAACUCGAACAUUCAUACAUUGGCUGAGUUGAACUGGGAAUGUCAGCACCAUCUUCCCAUCCAUCAAGAAACUUUAGAAAAGUUUCUCAAUCAAAAAUCAAUCGAUCUCACUUGAUUCAACACCAAUGAUAUCUCAUUUGUUACCUGUUUUAUUGUGUUAAAAUUCAGCAGUUAUCUGAAGACACUUGGAAGUGUACUCUCUUUGUGUUAAUAGCAAAUUCCCAUCCCUUGAAAUGAUUUCGGACUGUCUUACUCAAACCUUAAUCAGAAUCACAUGAUUCACUCAAAUUUAUUUCUGAUGUUUAACCACAUUUAUUCAACUAUGGAUGCCGAUUAGCUAUCUCGAAACGACAGGAAGAGUUUCUUGUGUAUGUUUUCAGGCGAUAAUAAAUAAGAGGAAAACUGUUUUAAUUGUGUUGUUAUUAUUGCUGGAUCUUCCCCACAUUAAUUUAUUGUCAUAUAUUCUUUUUUCUUCCAUUUUUGCACCUGUUAUGGCCAAUCCUGAUACAGUAUCCGUAUUUAAUAUCUUCCUUGGCUUUUACUUUGUUACGCUCUGUGAUAUGUUAUACUGUGGUUGGGUUACAUUAAUCUUGUUCUUUCAUGUUUUACAUCAGAAAAAUGUAUCACCUAAAAAUACCGUUGGUCUCUUAGAUGCACUUUUGGCUAAUUUUGAUGGUAACCACUUAUAAUCGUUGAAUUAUUUUACAGGUUCUAUUGACCUUAAACAUGUCUAUCGACUUACAGUCAGCAUUUUCAUGGAAUACUAAGCAGGUGUGUUGGAAUCACGCGAUCAGCUUUCAAAGUCAUUGCGUUCGAUUUUUGAUAUCAUAUGGUGCAGUAUCUUUAUGAUUUCGUUCACAGAUCUCUUACUGGUAUCUUGUUGGUUCCCUCGAAGUCUAGUGUAUACAUUGCUUUAUUUUUUGCGUUACAUGAAACCAGUAACGCAUUGACUGGAAAGCUGGGUAUACGAUUGCAAAAGUUUGUAGCAAGAUUGAAACUUCAAGAUUCAGUUCAAUGCCUCGUAUUUUGAAACAUUUAGAAUCGUGAAAAAUAAGGCUUAAUAAAAACAGAGGUAAUAAUCUUGGUAAUAUUUUAAACGGCGUUUGCCAACUAAAUUUGACUCAACCCGCUUCCAAAAUUCUGAUAACUUUUUUAUGCCCUGAUAUGUGUUAGAAUGUGCCCAAUGACAUUGUUUAUGCUUCCCAAGUGAGCUAGUAUUAUAAAGGAGGUUUGAUUGUUGAUGCACUAGUUUGUUUAAGUGAUUGCACACUGCAAUGCGGUGGGUGCGGUCUGACUUGAUUUUAAACUUUCUGUAAGUCUCAAUAUGACGUAAAUUGUGCAAAACCUGGUUUUAAAGAGGUGUUUGUGAGAUGCACUAGGUACCGCGCGGCUCAAAUAUCUAAAAGUGCUGACACAUAGAUGUGUUAGCAUACCUUUCUUUGAUCAUUCACGCAGUAAUGAACGAACUCUAUCAAGCACCCAAACCUUAGCUGUGAUGGAUAAGCGACAAAUGUACUCCUUUGAUCGUGGUCCAUUUGGGUAUAUCUUAAAAUAUCUAAAUUACAUGUAUGGUUCGAAAUGUAAAAGCUAUGUUUAAAUUCUCAUGUCAGACUGGAUGAGGUUGAAAUUUUUUUAGAAAAAAUUUUCUUUUACUGAUAGUUGUUCUAUCAGUACAGAGAUACUUUCUUAGUAUUGUCUUCUCUAAUUUUCUUUAUCAAAUAAAUUGGCUCUGUGUCAAAAACCCCCUCUAAAUUUUAUCAAAUGUAUGACUAUAAAAUCCUCAUUUUCGUUUUAUUCCUUACCUUCUGCUUGCAGGUUUUUGUGUUUAUUGCUGCGGAAUAUGAAACAGAAAAAAAUGCCUUCAAUCAGGUGGUCCCUUGUCAGUUUACGCAUGAUUACUAUUUCCUGAUACAUUCUUUACGUAAUUAUUAUUUCUGUCAUCAUGUUUACGCAAGCUUGAUUGAUAUUCAAGGGCAUGAAUUAUGCCCUUUGGUAAAUAUUGUAUCAUUAUAUUAUAAUUUACCAUCCGCUUUUUUGACUCCACCUAGUGAUUGUUAUUAUUAGCAAAAACCUUAUCCGUCAUUUUCCCCGAGGAUAACACCGUCAAUUCGUCGAGCUGUACCUCUAUAUCCUCAGAUUUAGUAAGUAAAUGCAUAGCAAUCCAUCAUUGUCACUGUUUAAAUCCAUAAUGCAAGGAAAAAAAACCGACUUUGGUUCCUUGGCUAUACACAGAGAAAGAGAUGAUAAAGCAGAUCAUCAUAUAGUCUAGUGUGCCCUUGUUUUCACCUUACCAUUGGCCAAGGGGCUUCUUAUCUCCACUUCCUCUAAACUGUACUCAUUCAAAAAUACUCCGUGCAUUUGCACUGGUGCUUGUAGCUUGCUACAAUUUAGAAAAAAAUCCAGUGCUUACAUGUCAUUCUUCAUAUACCUUUACACUUGCUUAUUAAAUCCAUCCUAGGUUUAAUUCAAUUGCAUAUACCUUGCGCAUGGAUCAAACCUUGGUGUGAAACGCACCAUAAGAGAUUGUCGUAGGCAUCUGACAUGACAAGAUAUAAUUGUGACAGAAUAUGCUUUCAAUGACUAAUCUGUUAAAGUUUAAGGUAGAACAAACUAGGUUUUCUAUCCAAGGACCAAAAAUGUAAUUUUUCUGAUACCUUGUAAUUCCCAUAUGGCAUGAAGCCUUUCUGUUUGAUAUUUUUAUUAAUUUCAAGUGUGACCAUCUUAUGCGCAAUCUUGUAAUUCUAGAACCGUUUAUCAUAUUAAUGAGGAAAUGCAAGGUACUUGACUUCGCUGUUGCCAAUGGUUGGGAGAGUUAGAGAGAGAGAGAGAGAGAGAGAGAGAGAGAAUGUAACCUUGAGGGCAGUUCACUCUUUGUUUAGAACAUUAUCUCGUUAAAUAUACUUAAUUAAACUCGGGGACAAAAAGAAUAAGAUUGUAGUAGUUUUGGGGGACGGACAAGUUCAGCCAUAGAACAAAAGGCCUCAUCAACAAUUCUAUUAGUUUCUGGGGAGUUAAAACCAGAUAACCCUUUUAUUUUAAUGUUCUUCGCUCAUCAGAGACCGUAUACCUCUCUCUGAUGUUAGAAUUUCUGACCGCUUAUGUGAUGAAAAAAAAUAUAAUUUCUCCUUCUUCUAUUUAAUCUUCAGAUCUCCCUGUGGGAUCUUGUGAUCUCUGACAAGCACCACGCGAAAUUCGAAACACAGGUCACCAGCAAGUACCUCCUCAUCGAUCAGGCGAGCCCAUUUAAUCCCUUAAUCUUAGAUAUUUAUCUCAUUUUAUUUAUCUUUUUUAAUUUUUGAUCUUGGAUGAUAUUUUGAUCCCGUGCCCACAUGUCAGGGGCUGACCUUUUUUCCCUUUGUGUAUAAUCCAGGGGAGCAAUCUUCGCGGAAAGAGGGUUGACCUGGUGCUCCACUGGCACGCCAUGCCGAUCACAGGAAGGAUGAUUCUGGGGAAGAUCCCUGUUUCGAGUUUCCAGCUCCCCAAGGCCUACACAUAG